CCAAUGGGAGCGACGGCGCCCUGCUCGUGCUGCUUUCGCGGCAAAAAGGAUUUGGCGCGCAAACGUGUGCGGGGCCGGGACCAGCUGGGAACAAUAACAGUGCCUGGAGCGGAGCGGAGGGGACCGGCCGGGCGCGGGAGAGAAGGGCGAGAGGAGCCCGACUCCGCGCGGGGCCACGACAGAGCCGAGCGGGGCAGGGCAGGGCGGCUGGGAAGUCGGCGCUGACCGGCCGAGCGUAGGCGGAAGGGAGCCCUGUUGUGUGCCGUAGCGCCCUUCCCUUCCCCGCGGAGACCCGCGCCUCCGUGGGGGCCUCGCAGAUGACCCGGAAAGCAGCCUCGGCGCCCUCCGCUCUCGGCCUGGCCGCCGCCUCCUCUCCGCUCGCGGCCCUGGCCGGCUGCAACUCCGCGGGACACCAUUUCCCGGGCCUCUGCCCUUAAAGGAGGAUGGGGCGUGUUCCUGGCUCCCGGCCCCUGCCAUCCAGCGUCUCCCUGCACCCCCGCGGCCAGGACGGUGGCACCGGUCCGCUGAUACGGCUCUGAUUCCCAGGAAGGGGGAAUCAAGACGGCGGGGUGGGGUGGGGGUGGGGGAAGAGGGAUCCUCCGGAUUUCCUGCGGUGCAUGGGGGAAGGGAGGCAGAGGAGCGAGCAGGAUCAGGCCUUCCCCCCCCCUUCCCUCCUACCCAUCCCACCCAGUCUCCUCCGAGGCAUAUGAGUGCCAGCGUUUUGUAUCAUGUCUCUGGAGGGCCUGGGGGUGACCCAGAAUGUGGCGGACCUGGAAGCCCUCUUGAGGGGCGCGGAAGCCAUCCAUGUGAUGGAGCAGCAGAUCGUGAUCAUUUCCACCCCAGACCAGCUCUCCGCGUCCGGAGGAGAGAACGACGCCGAACUGCUGCUGUUUGCCACUCCGCAGCCCGCCAGAUUGGAAACGGCAACGCAGAGGCCUGCUCUGGAGCGCCCGCCGGUAAAACGGAAGCUGAACUUGGAGACUGACCACCAGUACAUUGCAGAGAGUGUUCAUGCAGCCCGAGGAAAAGCGAAAAACCCUGUCAAAGGGGUGAAGUCUCCUGGAGAGAAAUCCCGCUAUGAAACCUCCCUGAAUCUGACCACCAAACGUUUUCUGGAGCUGCUGAGCCAAUCGCCUGAUGGUGUUGUGGAUCUCAACUGGGCUGCAGAGGUGCUGAAGGUGCAGAAGAGGCGGAUCUAUGACAUCACAAAUGUCCUGGAAGGUAUCCAGCUGAUCACCAAGAAGUCCAAGAACCAUAUCCAGUGGUUGGGGAGCCGGACUGCUGUGGGGAGUGCCGGCAAGAGCCUGGGGUUGGUGAAGGAACUCCAGGAUCUUCAGGCAGCCGAACAGCAACUGGACAGCCUCAUCCAGAUGUGUACUACUCAGUUCAAGCAUCUCACGGAGGACCCAGAAAACAAACACUCAGCUUACGUGACGUGCCAAGAUCUGCGCAGCAUCGCAGACCCGUCUGAGCAGCUGGUGAUGGUGAUCAAAGCCCCCCAGGAGACGCAGAUGCAAGUCUCUGACCCGGCGGAGGCUUUCCAAAUUGCUGUGAAGAGCACCCAGGGCCCAAUAGAUGUGUUCCUGUGCCCAGAGGAGAGUUCUGGAGUCUGCAGCCCCACCAAGAGUCCAUUGAAGGUGGCUUCCAGGGAACCUUCUCCAGGGUCUUCGCAAGCAGCAGCAGCAGCAGCUCCUGCACUUCUGCGUCCCUCCCAGGAAAUGAACUCGCCAUUGCUGAGUGCAGACCAAGAGCCCCUGUUGUCUAGGGAGAGCGCACUGCCACUGAAGUGCCCUGCGGAUGACGUGAAUCUCUCGCCACUGGCAUCCGUGGAUGCUUUGCUCCAGCCGGGCAAGGAGGACUUCUCAAGCUUCCUACCUGCCGAAUUCAUUGCGCUUUCGCCGACCCAGGACUAUCACUUUGGGCUUGAGGAGGGCGAAGGCAUCAGCGAGCUCUUUGACUGUGAUUUCGGAGACUUGACUUCCUUGGAUUUCUGAGCAUCCUCAGGUGGGGUGGGGUAGGGAGCGCCACUCAGCCGGCCCUGCCCCACCAUGGGGCAUCCUCUCAGAGCUGACGUCUGAAUGUAAUCGCAAGGCCAGCUGCAGCCUCCUCGGCCGGUGUGCUGUGGAGAGGACUCCAGGGAAGGAAACAGAAGGCAGCAGUAGUUCUUGGCUGCCUGUUGCCAGCCACCUCGCUGCGAUUGAAGAAGGCGGCUGUGGAGCUAAUGGCUGCUGUGAAUGUUGCAGGCCCCUUUCUGUGGCCUUUCAGUGGGCCCGCUGCGUCCAGGCCCAUAGUAGUAGUGUCCAGGGCCAUCUUGAUUCUCUGGUGCCAUGUUUUGACUCUAUAGGGGCAGUCCUAGUAGUUAAUGCUGUUGUCCUAACAACAGCUAACUUAACUCUCGCUCAACCACUCCUUUGCCCAAGUCCUCACUUUAAACCGAAUUUUGCUGUGCGCAAACCACCCCACCCUGUGCCAGCUGUUUAUCGCUCCUUACUGUGAGCAAUUUCCUCUCUUGCCUUUGGAAACCGUGACUGUCAGAAGAGUUUCUGAGAACACGCGCUCCUCCCUCCCUUCUGUCAGCAAAGUCUCCUCUGGGGUGUAGGGCAGUAAUGGCCUGGAUAUUCAUUGUGAGAGGGGCACCUCUCUCUGCCAGCCAGCUGGGGGGGGGGGAGGCAAGAACAAUACUUCUAAGUAAUAAUUGGUGAUAACCUGACACCCCAUUGUCCUACAGACCAGGUCGUUCUGGUUGGCUGGCAUUGAGAGAUCAACAAUUUGCAGUUUGAGGAUCAGAGGUGACCCGGGGGGGGGGGUCUUUUUGCCAGCAAGGUGUAAACCUGAGAUUUGUAAUCCUGUAGUGAAAUAAUGGCCAUUUUGAGGAAAGUGUGUAGAAUUGUGGAGGAUGGUGCUGAGGGAACCUUCCAGUAAAAAAUUUUUUUUGUGUGUGGGAAGGGGAGCUGCUCAAAGCUAGUGAAACAAAAUAGAUAAACAGAUGUGCCUGAAGAGUUGCUUCUCCCCCAUAGUUGUUUUAUAUAUAUAUAUACUGGUUGCAAAAGAGAAGUGAAUAUAAGGAAGCCAGGAAUGAUGGGCUGAGUUGUUUCUGGAUAUUAGCCUGGGGCAUGAGGUCCUACUCAUGAUAAAGCUUUAAGGAGGAUUCUAUAUAGAUUAUUUAUUUAUUUUGGGCUCCCCCCACCUCACCUUUUUUAUUUUUGCAAGGCCUUUGAGUCUCCCCACCUUUGUGUGUGGAAGAAGUUCAUUUCUGGGGAUGGGUUCGGUGUGACUUUUUUUUUUUUUAAGAAGUAGGCUAGAUGGCCAUAGAAUUUAGCUGUCCUUCUCUUUUGAUGAGCAGAAGGCAGGAGGGGACAGUGAUUAAGGUGAGGUCAGCCAAGAAUGUUUUGCUUCAUCAGGAGGGUAGCAAAAUACGGCUCGCUAGUCUCCAGAAAGGCAAGGAAUUCUGUUUUCUGACUGGUGGUGCAGAUGAUAAUGUAAAGCCGUAUAUGACAAAUGCCUUUCUUUCUUUCUUUUUUGCUUGGAGACCUGUUUGACCCUCCCCUGCGAAGCAAAAGGCGUGAAUACUGAUUGCCUUCAGUCUGUGCACUGCCCAAACACCCCCCCUUCCCCCUGUGCUAAGCACUAUGGGAUUUUUCUCCAGAAAUCAUGAAUUCAUAUUAUUUAUUUAUUAUUUAUGUGGGCUCCAUCCAGUGUUUCUGGAAGGAUAAAGGGCAAGUUAAGAGGAGAUUGCAUGAAGUGGAACUCUGCCUGUCCAGGCAUGCAGGGAAAGAGGCCAUAUUGUAUCCCGGUAGAAUAGCUAGCCUAGCAAAAUGUGGAAUGGAGGAAGAGAGUUUGAGAAAUGAGUAGCCGGCGUGUUGUAGAUGAGGUCCGGUAGGACGAGGUUUCUCUUGUGUCCCAUCCCUGUGGUGGGAGGUGUGACUGGUCAAUAUUGUUGUGCCGAAAUGCUAUUUAUUGGUAGAAAUAUGAACAGCAGGUUCAUCUUGUACAGGAAUACUCCGUGUUAAGGGUGUUGAGGAAGAAGGGGAGAGAGAGAGAGACAUACAGCAUUAGUUAUAGGAGUCUGAGGAACAUCUUGGGCUUGUCCAUUUUGGUAAGUACCUUCAGUUGUUGGGAAGCUAGGAUAAAUCAAGUGAAACCUUUAAAAAGGUGGGAAUGUUGCCGACUGAAUAGCAUAUGACAAGGCAGCUCUCGGUGUUGUCCCUUAGGUGCCUUCCUUUUUCAUUAGCCUAGCAAAUUUCAAUUACUAGGACUCACCAAAGUGUUCCCCUGCUUCAUAAGGGUCCCUUGCUUCCCACAAAAGGCAGCUGGGUGUGUGGGGUGUGUUUGUGUGCAAAGCUUUAUUACUCAGCAACGUGGUGCCUGUAGGCAGCCUUUGUGGUGUCAGUACAUUUGUGGAACAGUCCUAUCCAUUUGGGCUAAUUUUAUAAGAAAAAGAAACUGUGUGUGCCUGUUAGAAUGAGAGGGCUAUGGACCCUGUUAUGCAUCGUGGCACUGGGUCGCACAUAGCCUUAAACCAUACUGGAAGUUCUUCUGCUGUCCGAGUAAGAACAAUGCCUUUUUGAAUUAGGCUUUUCCUGGCUUUCAUAUACAGAAAGGGUCUUUAGCCCUCUUUAGGUGUUUGGGUGAGAGGAUUUAGGUCACAUUCACGCCAUGUACUAUGAUACCACUUUGCAGAGUCAUGGCUUCCCGCAAAGAAUUCUGGGAGCUGUUUAAAGUUACUGAGGAGUUAAGAGAGCCACCUUAUUCCCCUCCCACUACUACAAUUCACAGAGCCCCCUGUGAAGAGGGAUUGAGUGUUAAACCCCACUCUGAGAACUGUAGCUGUGUGAGGGUGAUAGGGAUCGCCUAGCAACUCUCAGCACCCUUAACAAACUGCAGCUCCCAGAAUUCUUUGCGGGAAGCCAUGACGGUUUAAAGUGCAUUAAAUGUAUGGUGUGAAUCUGGCCUUAAGCUCUGUAGGGGCUGUGCGUGUUGGUCUUCCAGCUAUCGUGCAUUCAGAGUGAAGGCGUGCAGGGAUUCUAACAGUGGGAUGUAGUUCAAAUACCUUCCAUUGUAUUCCUGAUUGCCCAGAGUUCCCAGUUGCCUAGAGGGUUGUAGCUGUGUCCUACUGAACAUGGUUAGAAUCCCCCCUCAGGCCCUCUGUGCAAAAAUGCACAAAGAAUAGAUGAGGAAGGGGCAGAGGCAACUCUGCAGAGUAUGAGUUCUUGGAAGUUCAUCCACAUGCCUGAAGAUCCCUUUGUUGGAAUCAGACAGCCAGUGAUUUUAUAAAGGUAGAGACUAGGCUGAUGACUUUUUUACAACCUCAUUUCCCUGUAUCAUAAUUUGAUGAGCUUUCAUUAAAGAUUAGAUAAAAUCUUACUUUCAAAGAGAUUUGAUUUUAAAAAAAACCUCACGCACAAAGUGAUUUUUUAAAAAAAUUAUUUUUCAGUUUUUUGACCAUUUUUGAAGUCACUGUAAGCAGAUAUAAAAUUGAACCCAAGAGUCACAUAUAUACAACAUUAUAUAGGGUCAUCAAACACACAAUGAAGCUUUUUUUUUAGCUGCAGUAACAGUAUAGACUCCGCUAGAGGACGAUGUUUUGCUACCUCUCCUGUAGGUUCUUUUCCCAGCAUGUCCGGCAGGGUCUGCUGGCUGAGUUUUGAGGUCCCCAAAAGGAGCUUUUACCUUGCGCAGGUGUGGCAUUUGUAUACCCUAUGUUGCUAAGAACACUCCCCAUUGUGGAAUGUGAUGUUGUGUCCAAAUUUGAUACGAAAUAUAUAUAGAAUUCUUAAUACAAUUUUAUGAAAUGGUAAAAUGGCAUACAAAAAAAUUAAAAACGGUUUGUGCGUAACCUUUUUAAAUAUUUCAAUGGAAUAUACCUCAUUAAUAGGCAAAAGUUCAUCCAUUUGUGCUACAGGAAAUAAUUUUUGAGAAAAAAAAUGAAAAAGUCAUCACCCCAGUGGAGACACAUACUGCCAGUCAGGCAAAUACUAUGCCUGCAACAUGUGUUCUUCCCUCCUAUGGUCACAGACUGUAGGUGACAAUGCAGCUGAAACAACCAAUACUUCAGAGUAACCAUCCUGUGCCGAGGCUCUGUCGUCAUUGCAAACGGAGAAGCAGCUAAGUCUCCUAGCCGUCUGAUCACCUGCAAGUAGGUCCGUCUUGAAGCAAAUAUUAGGAGUUAUCUUUUCCACAGAAAAUACGCACAUAAACACAGACACACGGGUGCCAUGGUGUGUUAUUUUAAAUAUCUACCCUAGGCUGGCCUUAUUUUCUAGUUCAGAUCACAAUUAGCAUUGUAGGACUUUGAUCGCUUUCGCUUGAGCUACUUUCCUGUGCUACAGCUGUCCACAACCUGUCGCCUUCUAGAUGCUUUUGGACUACAACUCCCAUCA